AUGACCCGCGGCGGGGCGGCCUGCAAGAGCGACGCGCGGCUGCUGCUGGGCCGGGACGCGCUGCGGCCGGCACCCGCGCUGCUGGUCCCCGCCGUGCUGCUGGGCGCAGCGCUCGGCCUCGGCCUCGGCCUCUGGCUCGGCUGCCGCGCGGGCCGCCGGAGCCCGCGACACCAGAAAGACGACACUCAAAAUCUGCUCAAGAAUUUGGAGUCUAAUGCGCAGACCCCCUUGGAAACUGGCUCCCCAUCGAGGAGGAGGAAGAGAGAAGCGCAGAUGUCAAAGGACAAGGAAGCUGUUGAUGAAUGUGAGCCGCCUUCCAACAGCAAUAUCACAGCAUUCGCCCUGAAGGCCAAAGUCAUCUACCCCAUCAAUCAGAAGUUCCGGCCUCUGGCCGAUGGCUCCUCCAACCCGUCUCUGCAUGAAAACUUAAAGCAGGCUGUUUUGCCGCACCAGCCGGUAGAGGCCUCCCCUUCCAGCAGCCUGGGGAGCCUGAGCCAGGGUGAGAAGGACGACUGCAGCUCCUCAUCCAGCGUCCACUCGGCCACCAGCGAUGACAGGUUUCUCAGCCGCACCUUCCUCCGGGUGAACGCCUUCCCCGAGGUGCUGGCUUGUGAGAGCGUAGACAUCGACCUAUGUAUCUACAGCCUUCACUUAAAAGACCUGCUGCAUUUGGACACAGCCCUGAGGCAGGAAAAGCACAUGAUGUUUAUUCAGAUUUUUAAAAUGUGCCUCCUUGACCUUCUUCCUAAAAAGAAGUCAGAUGAUGAAUUAUACCAGAAGGUCCUUUCAAAACAGGAAAAUGAUUUGGAGGAUCUAGAAAAGGGACUUCAGGUCAAACUGUCAAACACAGAAAUGUCGGGGGCUGGUGACUCUGAGUACAUCACUCUGGCUGAUGUGGAAAAGAAGGAGAGAGAAUACUCUGAACAACUAAUUGAUAAUAUGGAAGCUUUCUGGAAACAGAUGGCAAACAUCCAGCACUUUCUUGUGGACCAGUUUAAGUGUUCCAGCUCCAAAGCCCGACAGCUCAUGAUGACUCUGACGGAAAGAAUGAUUGCCGCCGAAGGGCUAUUGUGCGAUUCUCAGGAGCUGCAGGCUCUGGAUGCCCUGGAGAGGACGAUGGGGCGGGCACACAUGGCAAAAGUGAUUGAGUUUCUGAAGCUGCAAGUCCAGGAGGAGACGAGGUGCCGGCUGGCUGCCAUCUCCCGUGGCCUGGAGCUGCUGGCCGGUGAGGGGAAGCUGUCCGGGCGGCAGAAGGAGGAGCUGCUCACGCAGCAGCACAAGGCCUUCUGGCAGGAGGCAGAGCACUUCAGCCGGGAGUUUGUCCAGCGAGGCAAAGACCUGGUCAAGGCAUCUCUGGCUCACCAGGUGGAGGGGACGGCAAAACUCACGCUGGCCCAAGAGGAGGAACGGAGACGCUUCCUGGCUGAGGCCCAGCCGACUGCUGACCCGGAAACGUUUCUCAAGGCUUUUCACGAGGUCCUGGAGAGGCAGAGGCUGAUGCGGUGUGACCUGGAGGAAGAGGAGAAUGUCAGAGCCACCGAGGCUGUGGUUGCACUCUGCCAGGAGCUGUACUGCAGCACCAUGGACACUUUCCAGAAGUUCGUGGACGCCCUGUUCCUUCAGACGCUCCCUGGCAUGACUGGCCUCCCCCCAGAAGAAUGUGACUACUUGAGGCAGGAAGUCCAGGAGAACGCUGCCUGGCAGCUGGGGAAGUCAGAUCGCUUCCGGAGGCAGCAGUGGAAACUCUUCCAGGAGCUCCAAGAGCAAGACCAGCAGGUGUGGAUGGAGGAGUGUGCGCUGUCCAGCGUGCUGCAGACGCACCUGCGGGAGGACCACGAGGGCACCAUCCGCGGCGUCUUGGGCCGACUGGGCGGCCUCACUGAAGAGUCCACACGGUGUGUCCUGCAGGGGCAUGACCUGCUGUUGCGCUCGGCCCUCCGGAGGCUGGCACUCCGUGGCAACGCCCUGGCCACCCUGACACAGAUGCGGCUGUCGGGGAAGAAGCACCUCCUGCAGGAGCUGCGAGAACAGCGUGCGCUGGAGCAGGGGUCCUCCCAGUGCCUCGACGAGCAUCAGUGGCAGCUGCUCAGGGCCCUGGAGAUGCGCGUGCUGGAGGAGGCCAGCCGGCUGGAGGAGGAGACGCAGCAGACGCGGCUGCAGCUCCAGCAGCGGCUCCUGGCUGAGGCCCAGGAGGUGGGGCAGCUUCUGCAGCAGCACAUGGAGUGCGCCAUUGGGCAGGCGCUGCGGGUGCACGCACGGAAUGCGGCCACCAAGAGCCGGGACAAGGACAGGGAUGACUUCAAGAGGACACUGAUGGAGACGGCAGUGGAGAGCGUCUACGUGACCAGCACUGGUGUCGGUCGCCUGGUGCAGGCGUAUUACCAGCAAAUCGGAAGGAUCAUGGAGGACCACGAGGAGAGAAAACUGCAGCACCUGAAGACCCUGCAGGGUGAGAGGAUGGAAAAUUACAAGCUGCGGAAAAAGCAAGAACUCAGCAACCCUUCGUCAGGCAGCACGACAGCAGGUGGUGCUCAUGAGACCUCCCAGGCGGUCCACCAGAGGAUGCUGUCCCAGCAGAAGAGGUUCCUGGCCCAGUUCCCGGUGCACCAGCGUCUCCAUGCCCAGCAACAGCAGGCAGGAGUCAUGGACCUUCUGGAAGCCCAGCUGGAGACCCAGCUGCAGGAAGCUGAACAGAACUUCAUCUCCGAGCUGGCAGCCUUGGCCCGAGUGCCCCUCACUGAAAGCAAACUGUUCCCCGCUAAGCGUGGGCUGCCGGAGAAGCCCCUAAGGACUAAAAAGAAGAAGCCCCUGCCCCGGGAAAGAGGGGACCUGGGGGUGCCCAACGAUGAGGACCUCACCUCCGGGGACCACACCUCAGGCUCACUCAGCAGCAAAAGGCUGAGUCAGCAAGAAAGUGAAGCUGGGGACAGUGAGAACUCAAAGAAGAUGCUAAAGAGAAGAAGCAACUUGUAGUUUAAGACCAGUCAGCGGGACAGGACCUGAAGCCCUGGGUCUGGGUGUGAAUUCCGCCUUCCCUCCCACAGCGCCUAGGGGCAGCGAGGAGGGAGAGGACAGCGGCAUCUCUACUCACAGGCUCCUCUGAGAGGGAUGGAGAAAGAAUAGAAAUGUGCCCUAAAAGCAUAAAUGAGUAUGGUGGGUGCUAUGACUUGAGAAAAUCAGGCAUUAUCAUGUUGGAAACACGUCUCUGUGAGUUUGCAUCUCAUUUGGCUUCGAGCUGUGGCUUGAUGCCUCACGGGUCUUUCUCCCCCAGGAGGGAUGUCUUGAGGGGUCCGAGCCUCAGGCCAAGGACCCUUGAUGCAGACCCUGCAAUCCCUGGGCCGGAGGCCUGUCUUGGCCCACCUGGAGCUGAGGACACACAGAUACAUAAUGACACCUGCAGAAAUGUGUUCUCUGAGGACACUUAGAAUAUGAGGAAGAGGGUGUGGCCCCACCCUCGCUUCACCUGUGGGAGGGCUGCCUCUGGACAGCAGACCCCUCCCCCUGCAGAGAGAUGUCAUGGGGUUGCCUGCUCUCCUGGAUAGAUGCUGAGAGCUUCCAGAAGCUUCCAGACCAGCUCCUUCUCCACCACAGCCAGGAGAGGCCUUUCCCACUGGGAGAGAAGCUUCCACACAAGCCCCUCACACGCCACAGCCAGAAGAGGCCUUUCCCACCGGGAGAGAAACUUCCAGACCAGCCCCUCUCACCACAGCCAGGAGAGGUCAUUCCCACAUGGAGGGAAAAUUCUCCUUUCAUGGAGGUUAGGGACUGUCACCCUCAGCACUGUGAACAUUUCGGGUGAGAUCAUUCUUCAGGGGAAGGAGCUGCCCAGAGCAUCACAGGAUGUUCCAGUGCCCCUAGCCUCUGCCGAUCAGAUGCCAGCACUCCCACCAGUUGUGGCAACCAAGAAUGUCUCCAGACACUGCCCCGUGUCCCCGGGGUGUCACCCACCACACUGAGUCAAAGGGUGCCUGCCCUUGUCAAAUCCAGGACAUAGCCGUGGACAUGUCCACAAAUCCCCAGAACCUAGUGAGCCCUCUGACUCUGGGAGCCCCUCUCUCAGGGAUUUGCUGGGCCAUUUGUGACUUCUCAUUUCUUAAAACCUGAAAUAGACUCUCUUAGUCAGGAACAAGUGACUCUUUCCCAGAAGUGCCAAAACUUAAUCAUCAGCGUGCUUUCUUCAAUUUCCUCACCCAUCAGCCAGUGGGCUCUCCAAAGUUAACCCACAGCUCCCUCUUGUGGUUCACUAAAAUAUUUCAUUAUUCCAUGGAGUUGUGCAAAGCUGUGGCUUCCUCGGUGCAAUAUUCUCAGAACCUGCUUUGCGUAGAAA